AUGGCUUUGCCACUGAAAAUUCGGUCUCAGAAUGCCUACGGUGGUGCAUCAAGCACGUUCUAUCCCGUUGUUGUCAUCGGGGCGGGGCCUUCAGGCAUUGCAGCGGGCUGUCGGCUCAAGCAAAAAGGGGGUUGCGACCAGUUCCGAAUCUUCGAUCGUCAGUCUGGUAUUGGUGGCACAUGGUGGAGCAAUCGAUAUCCAGGCGUGGCUUGCGACGUACCUACAUUGUUCUAUUCCUUCUCAUUUGCGCCAAACGUUACGUCAAAGACUAUUUUCCCCACGGGGCACGAUUACGUUGACUACCUAUACCACGUGGUCGAACAGGCUGGAAUUGCGGAUAAAAUCCAGCUUGACACUGACGUCACGUCUGUGGAGUGGAUUGACGAAGACGCAGAAUGGGAGGUGCAGGUCUAUAGGACCUGCAGACAAGAGCAACAGGACGCAGAUUCUGCUGUCGUGCGGAUAUUCGAAAGAAUCCGAGCCAAGGUGGUGAUUAGUGCCGUGGGAAUCCUUGUCGAGCCGACUGAUUGGCCCUCCAAUGUUUCGGGACGCGAUACUUUUCAGGGAGAGCUCAUAAGUCCUGCACGCUGGCCAGAUGAGACAAAAUUGGAUGGUAAAGAUGUUGUCAUAAUCGGAUCUGGCUGCAGCGCUGCACAGAUAAUACCCGCCCUUCUCAAAACCAAAAUCAAAUCAUUGACUCAGAUCAUGCGAACACCACCAUGGAUUGUGGCCCGCGUGGAGGAGCCCGGUGGGAAAGAGGCUUAUGCUAGAUGGGCCCCGCGCUUAUAUGGUACCAUACCAGGAUUGGGCUAUGUGGUUCGGAUGCUACUCUGCGGCGUAUCCGAGUUACUGUGGUAUACAGUAAUUCAGCGACCGAAUGCGUCUCUAAGAAAACGAGAGGAGGCAUCGUCUCUCGCCCAUAUGCGUGCCCUGGCACCCCCCGCAUUUCACGACCAACUGACACCGAAAUAUAAGCUGGGAUGCAAACGUCGAAUAUACGACAAUGACUGGCUUGCGAGCAUGCAUGAUCCUCGCUUCUCUCUCGAGUCACGGCCCUGGUGCAGUGUAUCCGAGGCUGCCAUCACCGUGGGCGACAAGAGCAAUACCAGAACCUACCCUGCUGAUGCGCUUAUCCUUGCAACGGGCUUCAAUGCAACUGAGUUUCUGCAUCCAAUUACCGUCUUAGGUCGAUCGGGUCUUUCGCUACAUGGUCUGUGGGCAACUCGCGGCGGCCCUCAUGCUUAUCUCGGAACGGCAGUAGACGGAUUCCCCAAUUUCUUUCUUAUAUUAGGGCCGAACACAUUUUCAGGACACACAUCAGUCAUGAUGGCCAUUGAAAACAGUGUUGAUCAUGCGAUACGUUUAAUCACACCAAUCUUGAAUGGGGAUAUUGAGACUGUCGAGCCAACUACCAUUGCAGUUGAGACCUGGCUGGCGAAUAUUCGGCGUGAUAUGAACACUACGGUAUUUGCUGGAUGCCAAAGUUGGUAUAAUGGGGGAGGGAAAUAUAACGCCGUGAUGUAUCCGUAUGUGUCCCUGGAUAUCCUCCCAUAG